AUGCGGGACUUGGACGGUCACAGAGGAUUGCGAAUCAAUGGGCCACAAAAAAGAAUGGAAGAGCCAGGUUUGGAGGUGGAGUUGGCUGACGAAGAUCAAGACACCGCAACACAGGCGGCUGGGGGAGAGAGAGAGAAAGAGGGGACGGAGGAUUCGGGAUUGGGGGUCUUUUGGGCUGCACGGACUGGCACGUACCUCAAGAGAGCCUGUCAGCGAAGCAUUGGAGGAGUGGUAACGACCGCAGCGAGGAGUGGGCGAGGACUGCAAGAUAUGAAGGAAGAGCAAGGAGCGCGGUCGACGUUGUGCCGGCUGGCGGUGUUGCUUUUUCUUCCCGCCUGCACACACGAAACUGCGGCUCAUUCAGUCUGGAUCGCAGAGAAAACAGGAGAGCGCAAUGCGGACUGGAUCGAUCUUCCAUUCAGCUCCUUUCUAAGCCUAAACCGGGGCUCCAUCUCUCCCAGUGGCUUGGGGGGCGCUUUUGAGGGCGUCUAUGCCGUUCCCAGUCUAGAGGGCUCCGGUUAUUACCACGGCGUGCGGGCUCCUGACCGUGGGAACACGGACUCUGUCGUCGAUGAUCAAUUGGCUAGUUACGUGCCAGGUCACGAUGAUGCAUCAGCGCAGUGCAGUUGA